ACCCUAGCCCCCCCCCGCCUUGCACCUGCACCUCCAAUCUAUACCGUCUUCUUCCCACCAUCCUUUCUCUCUCCCCCUCUCCCCCUCUCUCUCUCUCUCUCCGCCUACUCUGGAUCAAUCGGUGGAGGCACAACUCGUUGUGAAUGGUGGAAAUCUCGGGCGGCCGUAGCGAUUUCAUGCUCUCCCUUCUCCGAUCAAGGGCGAGCGCUCUCGUUUUCGCCUUCGGUUCCUGCAAGGAGGGCUGGUACUACCGCUGCCUCGGCGUCGACCCUUGAGCACCGGCACCGCCGCCGCCCCCCCCGCCAAUCCCUCCCCCGAGAUCGCGCUUCCCGAUCUUCGCCUCCCCUCUCCCUCCCCCUCCCUCUCUUUCUCGAUCUGGGUCGCGCUCUUGUUUGAUCUCUCUCUCGCCUUCUCUUUUUCCCUUCCUCGGGAUUGGUUGAAAGAAAUUCUUCGUUUUCGGGUUCUUUUGGAGGCUGCUGUUUUUUGGGAUUCGGGGUUUCCGAGUUUUGGGGGUUUUUUCUCUCGUCGGGUCGCGCGAUGUUGCUCUACAAGCAGAAGAAGAACCAGGGCGCCAAGGGGAAUAGGCUCCUGAUCAGCAUCAACGUGCUGGGGAGCGCCGGGCCGAUCCGGUUCGUGGUCGGCGAGGAGGAGCUCGUCGCCGCCGUCAUCGACACCGCCCUCAAGUGCUACGCCCGCGAGGGGAGGCUCCCCGUGCUGGGAUCCGAUCUCAACGAUUUCUUGCUCUACUGCCCCACUUCUGGAUCGGAUGCCCUGAGUCCGUGGGAUAUGAUCGGGUCGCCCGGAGCUCGGAACUUCCUUCUGUGCAAGAAACCGAAGACGGACGUGAUGGCCGAUGACAGGAGCUCCCCUGCUGCCGCCAUCUCGCGGAAGGGCAGCGGAAGCUGGAAGUCGUGGAUCAAUAAGUCCUUCAGUCUCAAAGUAUCUUCCCACUGAGGGAUUUAUCUAUCUUUAUGAGGUGAUUGGCCUGCUUCUAGUUGUGAGUGGCUUCUUUUACGUUUUUUUCGGUCAAAUCGGACGCGUUGGUCUUGCCAUUCUUGGAAUUCGGUGGAUCCUUGUUAUGGUGGUUGAUCAGAAGACUUUUCUGAAUGAAUAAAGCGCUUUAGUUGCUUUUGAAUA